GCAGCGCAGCGCCCCGGGGCCUUUGCGCGCAGCCGUUCGCCGGCUUCGCCGCCGCCCGAACGGCUCGGCCCGGCCCGGCCCUGCCCUGCCUUGCGCCCGCCACCGCGGCACCAUGUCGGCCAAGGUGCGGCUGAAGCGGCUGGAGCAGCUGGUGCUGGACGGGCCGCAGCGGAACGACAGCGUGCUGAGCGUGGAGACCCUGCUCGACCUCCUGGUCGGCGUCUACACCGAGUGCAGCCGCGACUCGCCGCUCCGCCGCGACCGAUACGUGUCCGACUUCCUCGAGUGGGCAAGACCAUUUACAAAAUUGGUAAAGGAAAUGCAACUCCAUCGAGAUGACUUUGAAAUCAUCAAAGUGAUUGGGAGAGGUGCAUUUGGUGAGGUUGCAGUUGUUAAAAUGAAGUGCACAGAGCGCAUUUAUGCAAUGAAAAUCCUAAAUAAAUGGGAGAUGCUUAAAAGGGCAGAGACAGCUUGCUUCCGAGAGGAGAGAAAUGUCUUGGUGAAUGGAGAUUGUCAGUGGAUUACUACGUUGCACUAUGCCUUUCAAGAUGAGAACUAUUUGUACCUAGUGAUGGACUACUAUGUUGGUGGUGACUUACUGACACUUCUCAGUAAGUUUGAAGACAAGCUUCCUGAAGAUAUGGCUAGGUUCUACAUCGGUGAAAUGGUGCUUGCUAUACAUUCCAUACAUGAGCUGCAUUAUGUACACAGGGACAUAAAGCCUGACAAUGUUCUUUUGGACAUGAAUGGCCACAUACGACUGGCAGACUUUGGAUCCUGUCUGAAAAUGAGUGAAGAUGGCACAGUACAGUCAUCAGUGGCAGUGGGUACCCCUGACUACAUCUCCCCUGAGAUACUGCAAGCAAUGGAAGAUGGAAUGGGAAAAUAUGGGCCUGAAUGUGACUGGUGGUCACUGGGUGUCUGCAUGUAUGAAAUGCUGUAUGGUGAAACACCCUUCUAUGCAGAGUCAUUAGUGGAAACCUACGGGAAAAUUAUGAAUCAUGAAGAACGAUUUCAGUUCCCAUCUCACGUUACAGAUGUAUCUGAAGAAGCAAAAGAUCUUAUUCAGCGACUUAUCUGCAGUAGAGAGCGUCGCCUGGGACAGAAUGGCAUAGAGGAUUUUAAAUCUCAUGCAUUCUUUGAAGGACUUAAUUGGGAUAACAUCCGAAACCUAGAAGCACCUUACAUUCCAGAUGUUAGCAGUCCUUCUGACACCUCAAACUUUGAUGUAGAUGAUGAUGUAUUAAGAAAUCCAGAAGUGGUGCCACCGAGUUCUCACACAGGCUUUUCUGGAUUGCAUUUGCCAUUUGUUGGGUUUACAUACACAACUGAUAGCUCUUUAUCUGACAGAGGCACUUUAAAGAGUGCUUUGCAGCCUGACACUGUAACCAAAGAUACAGAUGUACAACGUGAUGGCAAGAACACAUCCCAAAUAGAAGGUUAUGAAAAGAAAAUUCGGAAGUUAGAGCAAGAAAAGCAGGAUCUGAACAGAAAACUACAAGAAUCUACACAGACAGUGCAAAACCUUCAAGGUCCAGGGUGUGUUACAGUGAAUACGAGCCGUGAUAAGGAGAUUAAAAAGUUAAAUGAAGAAAUUGAACGGUUGAAGAACAAAUUAACAGAUCUAAGUAAACUGGAAGGACAGCUUGCAGACGCGGUGGCUUUUCGACAAGAACAUGAGGAUUCCAUACACAAGUUGAAAGGAUUAGAGAAACAAUGCAGAGUGCUGCGGCAAGAAAAGGAGGAUCUUCAUAAGCAACUCGUAGAAGCCUCAGAAAGACUAAAGACACAAUCCAAAGAACUGAGGGAUGCCCACCAACAAAGAAAACUGGCCGUGCAGGAGUUCUCUGAGCUCAGCGAGAGGAUGGGGGACUUGCGAUCACAGAAGCAGAAGCUGUCGCGGCAGCUGCGUGACAAGGAGGAAGAGGUGGAAGUGAGCAUGCAGAAAAUCGAUGCCAUGCGCCAGGACAUCCGGAAGUUGGAGAAGAUCAGGAAAGAGCUGGAAGCUCAACUUGAAGAAGUUGUAGCCGAAGCAUCAAAGGAACGCAAGCUUCGUGAGCACAGUGAGGUCUUCUCCAAACAACUGGAAAAUGAACUGGAAGCUCUAAAGCUGAAGCAGGGAGGUCGAGGAGCAGGGGCCACACUAGAGCACCAGCAGGAGCUUUCCAAAAUCAAGUCUGAGCUGGAAAAGAAAAUCUUAUUCUAUGAAGAGGAGUUGGUCCGACGAGAAGCGUCCCACGUUCUGGAAGUGAAAAACGUGAAGAAGGAAGUCCAUGACUCAGAGAGCCAUCAGCUUGCACUGCAGAAAGAGAUCAUGAUAUUAAAGGAUAAAUUAGAGAAGACAAAACGAGAGAGGCACAGUGAAAUGGAGGAAGCAGUAGGAACCAUGAAAGACAAAUAUGAGCGAGAGAGAUCAAUGCUCUUGGAAGAUAACAAAAAGCUGACAACAGAAAAUGAAAGGCUCUGCUCCUUUGUGGACAAAUUAACAGCACAGAACAGACAGCUGGAAGAUGAGCUCCAAGACCUAGCAGCGAAGAAGGAGUCUGUUGCUCACUGGGAAGCUCAGAUUGCAGAAAUUAUUCAAUGGGUAAGUGAUGAGAAGGAUGCUCGUGGCUAUCUGCAAGCAUUAGCUUCCAAGAUGACAGAAGAACUAGAAUCGUUGAGGAGUUCCAGUCUGGGGUCACGAACACUGGAUCCCCUUUGGAAAGUGCGACGCAGUCAGAAGUUGGAUAUGUCAGCUAGGCUGGAGUUACAGUCUGCCCUGGAUGCAGAAAUUCGUGCCAAACAGCUAGUUCAAGAAGAGCUACGGAAAGUUAAAGAUGCAAACAUAUCUUUUGAAAGUAAAUUGAAGGAAUCGGAAGCAAAAAAUAGGGAACUGUUGGAAGAGAUGGAAGGUUUGAAGAAAAAACUGGAAGAAAAAUACAGAACAGAUUCAGGUCUCAAACUUCCAGACUUUCAAGAUUCCAUUUUUGAAUAUUUCAACACCUCUCCUCUGGCACGUGAUCUGACUUUCAGAACCAGCUCCAUUAGUGAGCAGGAAACACAGGGUCCCAAGUCAGAAGUUUCACCAUCUACUUCAGUUGUGACUGCAGAGCAACAACAAGAAGAACCAAUUCGGCUUCAGAGGAUGCCUGCUGCUCCUUCCCCCACCAUUCAAUCCAUUUCUCUAGCUGUACCAAAGCCUAAAGCUCACCAGCUCAAUAUCAAGUCAUUCACAAGCCCUACUCAGUGUAGUCAUUGCACCUCUCUUAUGGUGGGACUAGUUCGACAAGGUUAUGCCUGUGACGUGUGUUCAUUUGCAUGCCAUGUUUCCUGCAAGGAUAGUGCACCUCAGGUCUGCCCCAUACCCCCUGAGCAAGCCAAAAGGCCUCUUGGAGUAGAUGUGCAAAGAGGAAUAGGAACCGCCUAUAAAGGUUACGUCAAGGUCCCAAAGCCUACAGGAGUUAAGAAAGGGUGGCAGAGGGCUUAUGCAGUUGUCUGUGACUGCAAACUGUUUUUAUAUGAUGUGCCUGAAGGAAAAUCCACCCAGCCUGGAGUUGUUGCAAGUCAAGUCUUGGAUCUCAGAGAUGAAGAUUUUUGCGUGAGCUCUGUCCUAGCAUCGGAUGUAAUACACGCAACUCGCAAAGACAUCCCUUGUAUAUUCAGGGUGACAGCUUCUCUCUUAGGUUUGCCUUCAAAGUCCUGUUCUCUACUGAUCCUGACGGAAAACGAGAAUGAGAAGAGGAAGUGGGUUGGAAUCCUGGAAGGGUUGCAGUCUAUCCUGCACAAAAACAGACUGAAAAACCAGGUGGUGCAUAUUCCACAAGAAGCCUAUGACAGUACACUGCCUCUUAUUAAAGCAAGUUUAGCUGCUGCUAUUGUAGAUCGAGAUAGAAUAGCAAUUGGUUCAGAAGAAGGACUGUAUGUGAUAGAGGUGACCCGUGAUGUGAUAGUCCGAGCUGCUGACUGCAAGAAGGUGUACCAGAUAGAGCUUGCUCCCAAAGAGAAGAUCAUCAUCCUCAUCUGUGGUCGGAACCAUCACGUUCACCUUUUCCCCUGGGCCUCUCUGGAUGGGUCAGAAGGCAACUUUGACAUUAAGCUUGCAGAAACUAAAGGCUGCCAAUUGAUCACAACUGGAACACUGAAGAAGAGUUCUGUGACUUGCUUGUUUGUGGCUGUCAAACGCCAGGUUUUUUGCUACGAGAUCCACAGAACUAAACCUUUCCACAAGAAAUUCAGUGAAAUUCAGGCUCCGGGAACUGUCCAGUGGAUGACAGUGUUCAAGGACAAGCUCUGUGUUGGCUACCAGUCUGGGUUCUCUCUGUUGACCAUCCAGGGAGAUGGACAAUCUAUAAACCUGGUAAAUCCUAAUGACCCCUCGCUUAUCUUCCUCUCACAGCAGUCUUUUGAUGCCCUUUGUGCUGUGGAGCUCAGUAAUGAGGAAUACCUGCUUUGCUUCAGCCAUAUGGGAGUAUACGUCGAUUCGCAAGGUCGAAGGUCACGCAUGCAGGAACUAAUGUGGCCUGCAACUCCUGUUGCCUGUAGUUGCAACCCUUCCUACGUGACGGUCUACAGCGAGUAUGGUGUUGAUGUGUUUGAUGUUAACACUAUGGAAUGGGUCCAGACCAUUGGCCUGCGAAGGAUCAGACCAUUAAACACGGAUGGCACGCUGAAUCUCCUCAGCUGCGAGCCACCAAGGCUAAUAUACUUCAAAAACAGGUUUGCAGCAGGAGCUGUCCUCAGCGUACCAGAAACAUCUGACAACAGCAAGAAGCAAAUGCUUCGGACCAGGAGCAAAAGGAGAUUUGUGUUCAAGGUUCCCGAGGAGGAGCGAUUGCAGCAAAGGCGGGAGAUGCUUAGAGACCCUGAGCUAAGGUCAAAGAUGAUUUCGAACCCAACGAAUUUCAACCACGUGGCUCACAUGGGACCAGGAGACGGGAUGCAGGUUCUCAUGGACCUCCCGCUGAGCGUCCUCCCUGCUGCACAGGAGGAGAAGCCCUGUCUCUCCACAGCCAACCUCUCACGGCAGCAGCAGCAGAGAAACAAAACCUAUAUCUCGUGGCCCUCAGCAAGUGGCAGUGACGUGGGAGGAGCCAUGCCUUCCCGAAGCAUGUCCGAUCCCGACCAGGAGUUCGACAAAGAGCCCGACUCAGACUCCACAAAACACUCUACUCCAUCCAACAGCUCCAAUCCAAGUGGUCCCCCAAGUCCCAACUCCCCUCACAGGAAUCAGCUUACCCUAGAUGGACUGGACCAGUCAAGCUGUGACGCGUAACACCACCCGCUGCCCCCGGGAGAGGCCAGGCCGGGGCGAAGCCGUCUCAGAUGCCAGUGCCAAGGCUGAUGCUGAAUCACUAGUGUUGUACAAGAGUCAUUCUAUAUCCAGAGUGUAGAUACAAAGUGUUGACAUUAAGAGAACUCCUUCCCUAGGUAGCGCCGGAGCUGCGGGCGAUUCCCUUCUGCACAGCUGUGGCACGGUUUUGUUGCAUAGGAGCAUUUAAGGCCACCAGUAAAUAGUCUUAUUCUUAUGCUGAAGAAAGAAAUAGAGAGAGAGAGAGAGAUACUGAUAAUGUUGCUACUCUAUCAGGAGUAUUAUUUUUCUAUAGAAUGAUGUAAUGUCUGGUUAGCAGGAAAUCCUUUUAGACACCGUUGGGGCCUCUAAGUAGGAAAUGCGAGCAGGGCUUAGUUACAUCCUCAGAGGAAUACACUUCCCCCCCCUUUUUCCCAUAACUCUUAAAUCUUAAGGAGAAUGCUAGGAAGCUGGAGGUGUUCCCAACAUCAAUAGCAUCACCAGGAAGUCGAGUAAGAGUGGGUUGUAGUGUUUGUGGCCUUUGGAUCCAUGUAGCCGUCACAUAUACAGCUGCAUAAACCGUCUUUCUUACCUUCCUACCAACUUUUUAGUCUUGUACAUAGGGCUACUGCCAGGUGUCCCUUUGCUUUUUAGUCCUCAUCCAUCAGUCAUUAGGGCUUUUCAGAUAUAUUGGGAAUGACUGCUCUUGAAGGAAACAGCUGCCCUCCUCGUUGCUGCCUGUGUCCUCCUGAGGAGCUGCUUCUCCUGGGGUUCCGGCCGACAAGGGCUGGUGCCAGGCUGGAGCAUCACUCCCUUGCAUCACUUACCAAAGUGGAAAGUGAAGGGUGUGUGACUGAAGGGGGGGGUGCUGCUUUUCUCAUGAGUCAAUUGUAUCCUCACCUGCAUGAAGCCCCCCCCAUGAUUAGUAACCAAGUGUGGAUCAUGUAGAAAGAUGCACAACACACUCCCGUGUAUUUCGCUCUGGCAAACCCCCCGCCCCGUGCAGUGGUGAUGUUCUGCCUGUAUAUUUAACCUCAUGCUUCCAUGUAUGAUAUACACUUAGUGACCCAACAGCUUGUGACCACCUCUCAUUAAAAGCUUGUAAUUCAUUCAGUGGCUGGCAUAUCCAGUUUGUCAUUGUCACGACGAGUGUGCCUUCGGUGCCAAUUCCAUGACAGUUGGAUGUCACUCAUUUAAGGUUUGGUUUAAAUGGGCUGAUGAUACACCAAUGGCUAAUGUUCCUUUCUGAAACACUGUAUAGGAUGUGCACUUACCUUUUAGUUUAAACUGAGUGUUCUAGUCAGCAUUUAAUCCUGUUACAUUAAGUGUUGGACAGUACUUGCUCUUUUCUCUCAGAUUCUUGAUCAAGGGGCUCAGUUGGAGCUGGACACUACUGCUUGGGGAGGGCAGGGGAGGGGGGGCUGGUUUUUACUUUUUUUAAUGUAAGUCGAAGUCUUUGUAAUUAUUGAAUUGUGAGAACAUUUUUGAACAAUUUACCUGUCAAUAAAGCAGAAGAGGGAGGUUUUAAAA